ACACCGUCGGGGCAACAGUCCGCCGGACGGCUCCCUCCUCCUCUCACCACAAACACUGGAUAAUGCACUAGAGGACAGUUAUUAAUUGCUUUGAUAAUCGUAUAUAUUCAGUGUCUACUCCAUCGACGUGGGCACCAUGCAUAUCAGGUGGAGCUUGCUAGUACUGGUGGCCGUGGCCACAUGCGGGGGCCUUCCUCAACAAGACCGCCGCCGCCUCUUGUUUGGCAACCGCAAUCGACCCAAUCUCCUUACACGACGCACCUCUUCCACUGAGGCUCCUGUCGACUCUACCACAGAGGCCCCACCACUAGAGGAGAACAAUGCUUCCCAGCCAAAGGCUCGGGUGCCCCUACGCACGCCGAAUCUAAGGUUUGGCAUGCGUCCUGGAUCUCAUUCUGUCAAGAGUAAAAUUGAGCAGCAGAAAGAAGAAAAGGAGAACCACGAGGAGCUGAAAGAGGCCACUGGGGAAGUAAAGGAGGCUAGUGAGGAUGUACAGGAGGCCACUGAGGUGAAAGAAACACUGGUCAUCAGCGAACCAAUAACAGGCCAAGAGUAUGUUGCCUUUGGAGAUGCUAAAGAAAUCCAACCAUCUAGACCGGAGCCUGAGAUCCUUACCAAACCCAUUCCUGGACAGGAGUUUGUGGCUUUCCAGGAUCCUGCUAUUGUCCAGGAUUUUGUCACCACAGCCGAAGACGGAAAGAUUGUUCAUGUGAGUGUUGAUGAAAAACCAGAAGGGCAUGCUGAAGCAGAUCUAGAGCCACUUUAUGAUACUUUUUAUGAAGAUACACCAGCCAUUCCUGACCAGCACAUCUUGGAAUCUGGGAUUGAUGCUAUCCUCCUCACUCCUGAUGAAACCUUGCCAAUAGUGAAAGAGGCACCUGCGACAGAAUCAAAUGCCUAUGAGACCCUGAUUGAGAAGGACCAGGUAACAGAACAGUCUGGGUCAGAGGGCAGCAUGACUGAACAAGAACCUGAAGUUGAGGGAGAGAGCAAACACAUUCUGCAUCAUCUGGAACUUGAGCAGACCCACAUCGAAUCCAAGAAUGAAACAAGGACUGAACACCCUCAUGACGGUGAUUAUGUGGCUGAUGCCGUUGAUCUGCAUGAACCCGAGUCUCUCCCCAAAUCCCUGCAUGCCAAAGAUGGUGCCCUUACCCUUGAAAAUGAGCCUGAAGCAGAACCUGAACAUGCUGCAAAGCCAGAACAUGCUUCAGAACCUGAACAUGUUGAACAUGCUCCAGAGCCAGAACCAGAACCUGAACAUGCUGCGGAACCAGAAUUUGAGAUUCCGUAUGAAGAGCUCACAACAGAGGUUCCCGAGUAUUCCACUGACGUGCCAGAUGUGUCGGAGAUUGUUAAGGUUACCAAGUCUAAUGAUUCCAAUAUACAGAUCCUCAAUCCAGGCGAAAAAGGCCAGGGACUUCCUCCUGUCAAUGAACUCUAUGGAAAGUACUUCGAUGAAAGUGAACUCAACUUUGGAAAAAAUCCCAAUAACCAAGAGAAGCUCCUCUUUCCCUCUGAGACAGAACAGAAGACAAGAAGCAAAAUUGAAAUAAAGGAGGUGAAUGGCCAGCUGUAUGAGUAUGAAUACAUAUAUUAUUAUGAUGACGAGUACCCCCAGUAUGAUGACGAAAUUGCAGCCGUUGAUGUCGAGUCUUCUUCGAUUGUACCACUAACCGAGGAAUUUGAUACAACCACAAGCACCACCACUACAACCACCACCAGCACCACCACCACCACCACACCUGCACCUACCACGACUGAUUUGCCAGCUCGUGGAUUCAGCAGAACCUCGGGUAGCAGCCGAACCCGUGGAAGUGAGAGCAAUGGUUUACUGGAUGGCAGCAGAUCAUCUAUCAGCAGCAGGACCCGUGGCGGCAGCAGCAGAACAGAAGAAGACAGUAGUAGAAGAGACAGCAGCAGGUCGUCUAUCGGGAGCAGGAUUCGUGGCCACCACACAGUGGAUGAACCCCAGGAAGAAAACAUCAUUGAGCCAGUGAGAAACUCAGCACGUGGAAGGACAUUCGAGCCUAGCAGAUCCUCAUCCCGUGGGAGAGGAAGUUUACGGGGGCGGGAGAACACCAACACCAUUGAUAAUGCUGUGCAUGGUGUAACAGUGGAAGAGGACAAGCUUCCUGCCCACACCCGCUUUCCACCUCGGACCACUACACCCUCCAGUGAGGCAUUAAUUGAGGAUUCCUCCCAUGUGGGACUCGACGAACAGCAUCAGGACCCCCUCGUUCCAGAUGUGGCAAGAACCCAUGAUGGCCGUGGACGUCAGUCUUCUCGAGGUGGUCGGCUGUUGACCCCAGAGGUCACACCAGAAGUUAAUUUGGAGGAAAUAACAACUGAUGUGCCUUUCACUACUACAAUGUCACCAUCUUCUCUCUCCAUCGUCAAUCUCUAUGCAUUAUCUCGCGCCGCUGAUGCUCAAGACACAGGAGAGACCACUACACAGGACCCCAGUGUGUAUGAUGAAACAGAAACGCCCCUUGAUUACCAAGACUACAGUGACUAUGGUGACACAGCUACGCAGGUUCCCUCCCACUUACCAGAAAGUGCCACAGAACUUGAGCCCCAGGCAGAACCUGAACCAGAACCUAGUACAGAGAUACCUACAACUACCACAACCACUACUACUACUACUACUACCACCACCACCACACCUCCCCCCACCACAACUACUGAAGAAAGCAAUGACAGAGAACGAUUUGGAUUUAGACCCAAGGGCUCCAGCCGCUUUGGCUCACGUGAUUCUGGCAGAAGACACAGACUCUCCACCACUGAAGCUCCACAGGAGAGCAGCACCACUCAGACAACCUCUAGACCAGGAAGCCGAUUCAGUAAAAGGCCUCCGAUUGGCGGCAAUCGCUUCAAACCCCAACAAACAGAAACACCAGAGACUGAAGUAGCCAGUGAGAAAAAUGUUGAACUGGAGUCCUCAGAUUCAGACAAACCUGCCUCUAGACCUAACGGUGGUUUCAGGUCCAGAUUUACUAAGCCUCGUACCAGUUCCUUUGGCUCAUUCAGAUCUAGAACAAGCACCAAGGACGACACAGAAGUAACUGAGGCUACCACAGCAAAGCCUCCAGCAGCUACACGAAACAAGCCACACAUCCCUUCAAGAGGUGGUUUGCGCAACAGGGUUAGAAAUCGUGGAAGUACAACAGGAGGGGAGGUCAGUACAGAGCCUACAGUUGAAGAAGCACCCAAUGAAUCUCCUGCUGAGGAAAGAGCUGCAGAGGAAAUUCAGAAUGAAGAAGUGAGUGCUGCUGAUGCUGUGUCACCCACCACUGAUGGCCCUGCACUCAAAGACUCAAACGUUCGCGGUAGGAGGCCCCCGAACAGACAUCGAUUUGGUGGCCUUGGAGGAGCAAGAGCUCCUCGCCCAUCAAAGGUUGCAGAAGAGAAACCCCCUAAAGAGGUAGCCCCUGCAGAACCUUCGGGACAGAAACGCACUCCUCUCCUCAAUCGAUCACGUCCCACCACUGGCCUGGGCUCUCGCUUUAAGAACCGUAAUAAUCCAAGAAUUCGUGGGGGAGCUAAUACUGAAGCCCCUGCAGAGAAUCCUGAGGCAACUGCUGAAGAAAGUCCAGUACAAGAACAAACUGAGGAUCUCACAACAGAUGAACAAUCACCAACAGAAGGAGGAGAAGUGGCUGAGCAAACAGGUAGUGAUGUUGCUGCUGAAGAGUCACCAGGAGAGACCCAGAGUGAAGCAACACCACCUCGUGGUGGUGGUCCAGGUGGAAGACGUGGUGGCUUCCUUAACAGAAAUCGCAAUCGUUCUGCUACAACUAGCCAGGCAGCCAAGAAACCAAAGCCCACCACACCUGCCCCACGCAGAAAGCCAGGCGGUAUCUCCUUGCUCAACCGGAGAAGAUCAGGUCAGAAGGUGAAGAAUGAGGAACAAGUACCAGAAGCAGCCGAUCCUGCAGCUCAAGAUGUACCUGCUGAUGAAGCCCAGCCAGCAGACGAGAACCAGCCUGAAGGAGAGGCAGCACAGGCUGCAGAAGAGACGCCCCUAGAUGCUGACCCCCAACAGGAAGAUGCAACACCAGCCCCUGCAGAAGAUAACUCCCGCCAGAAGCCUCGCAAUAGAUUCUCUCUAUUCAACAGGCGACGUAACCGCAGCUAGAUGGACUUCUUUCUUGUAAUCACUCAGACGUUCUCGUCCACUCUACCUGUUCCCCACAUCAUCUUUGCUGUACUCUUCUUCCCAGUCAUCACCAUCGUCAUUACCAUUAGUCUCACCCUUAGUGAAUGUCACCACUGCCUGAAACAGGUUCGACCUUAUGUAAGGGGAUGUGACUUGCCGUGUCCCAUCUUCCCACCACUUUGGGACAGUGUCUAAGAGUACCUUCUAGGAAAUCCGUGUGGCUACAUUUGACAUUACAUGAGCAUCAGUUAACAUGAUAACUGCCACCUUGCUCUUACUGCAAAUGUUCCAAGCAAAUGAACUCUAGCAGAUAAAGUGUGUGAGGGGAGGGUUCAGCAGGGUGCCUGUGAGAGACACCGUGUACCUCAUCACAUCUUACUCUCACACCCAUUGCACACACAUACCCAAUCCCGGCCUUUAUUGGUCCAACCUAGAUCGUGACACCAAGUUUUAUCAUUGCCCCGUACCCCUCCUUCCCAGUGUAAAAAAAAUGUGACCGAGACAACUUGGACAGUAGCUCUCCAGAUCUGUCCAGUUGUUUUCUUAAAUGUCCCAAAGUCCUACAAGCCAGUGACCUUGUAUUUCUGCGGGCUCUGGGACGCCCACAAGCCACCUUUGUGAUAACUUGUUCUUGUAGAUAGCGAUUACAUUUUUGACCUUAUUUAAUGAACCGUAGUGUAAAUAUAUUGUAUUUGUUUAAAAUUCUUCUCUUGUGAAUAGGUCCAUUCAGUUCUUUCCUCUGGAAAAGCUGUAGUGUAUUAAGAUGGAACAAUAAUUAUCAGACAAUAGCCCUUUAUUUCUAAAAUAGGCUAUAAAAAUUAAAAACUUAUUGUUUAUUCUUGUAAUCAAAUUGCCAGUUUGGUUUAAUUGCCAAGAAAUUAAACCGACCUACAUCACACCAUGACAAACACAUUGCACUCUAAAAUUUCAAGUAAACUUUUUAUAAGUUCUGUUAGAUGUGUAAUAUUGUUUAGCAAUUAUCCCAUACAAAUCCAAUGAAGGAGACAUAAAUGCUGAACUAUAUAUAAUUGCAUUGUACGAAUAUUCCUACUGCAAAUUAUAUACAAUGUAUGAAUGUAUUUUUAAGUAAUGUGACUUCUCAGAGGCCCGUUCUGUUGCAUCAGCUGUUGAUCGGAGAUGUCAUACCCUUUAUCAUGGCAUCGCAGGACGAGCUGCAAAUGCUGACCUCUGCGAGUGUCAUUCGACAGGACAUUGACUACCUUUGUACUUAUCUAAAGUAUAUGAUUUAAAAAUAUCACGCACAGACUACCAUAGCACCUGCAGCCUCGCUCAUCACACUCGGGUAUUUACAUAAGCCAUUAGAAUUUGUAAUUUUUUUGAGAACCUUUAACUAUCAGUAACAUUUCAUAGGCUACAAAACAGGAGGUAGCUAUUAUGACAUGAAGGACGUGUGUGUAUUUUAGCACAUAUCAGAUAAUUGGAAUCAAAAUGUAUAGAAAUGUGUAAUUUAUUUAAACUUUCAGUGUAGAAGCAUAUCAGAAUAUAGUAUAAAAAAAAAAAAAAAAACAUUGAAAGGCAUUAACCACAAGGAAAAUGUUAGUUGUUGCUUUAUCCCUUUUGUUAUGGGUGAGGACGGGGAUCCCUUGCUGGGCACAGUUGCCCGCCGCCAGUCCGCUACGCCCCCGCAUCAGCGGUACCAAACCUGUGUACAGUUUUAUACUACGCCAUAUAACCUAUGUUAAUCUUAUAAAAUAUACCAGUGAUGUCGGUGGCAUCCCAGACUGUGUUUACCCCCGCAUUCUGUCCACAGUGGGUGGGGCUUAGCUCCAAUGUUACUCCCGCCUGGAUCAAUAAUCUGGGCUGUGCCAAUAAUCCAAGUCUGUGUACAGUGUCUUUGUAAAUAAAAUAUGGUUACUCUAUUGCUUAA